AUGUGUAGUGUGUGUGUUCAGAAAAUGUCUUGUUACUUAGUAAAGUCAACUUCAUUGUCUUUACACAGAGACACUUAUCGAACGUCUGCGGUCCCUCAGGAAUAAGAUACUGAUAACAUUUCCAAGAAAAAUGUUACCGAUGGGUAAGACAAUUUCGAAAGCUGCUGAAGGGGAACCAACUAACAACAUAGUGAAGAUUGCAGAAGUGCGAAGUUGUAAUGCAGUAUGCAGUGAGCAGUGAGUUGUGAAGAGUAUAGUGUCUAGGGGCUUGGGUGCUCGGGAUACUGAGAGCCCGGAAGCUUGAGGAAGACAUCAGACAGAAUGUCGAAAGCUCGACACAGUGACAAUCGACGAGGUUCAAUCCGGAAGCCUGAGAAUAUUAUGGAUUAUAUAUGGCAUGCACCAACAAGAGUUUUAAACCUUUUCCUAACUGAACUCAUAAAAUGUCGAGACCAGAUCAACUACGUUGUUAAAUAAGAAACGAAGCGGAAUAAUUUCAAACUGACAUUCUGUCUGACGUAAGAUGGCGGAUUUUAAAAGACAAGAUUUUAACGAGGAAAUAAUGCCGAAAAAAAGCGAUAACGAAAAUAAACCAAAUAUUCAGGAUGAAGACAGCGAAAGCGCUGAGGAACAGCCUCUCGAUGUUGGCGAACACUAUUUGGUGCGAAGAUCUGACGACACUUGGCAUCCUGCUGAGAUUAUACAGUCUCGAUUUAAUGAGCUCGAAAGACAGUACGAAUAUUACGUGCAUUAUGAAGGAUACAACAGAAGAUUGGAUGAAUGGGUACCAAGAGGAAGAAUAAUGUCUUCCAGGUUCAAUAUGACAGAAAGUGGGCAGAAAGGAAUGUUGGAUAUGAAAGUAUUGAGAGAUAGACCAUUGAUCAAUGACUUACUAUCUGAUAAUUCUGAUAGGAAGAUAACUAGAAACCAAAAACGAAGGCAUGAUGAAAUAAAUCAUAUACAAAAAACUUAUGCUGAAAUGGACCCCACAACAGCAGCUUUAGAGAAAGAACACGAACAAAUAACAAAAGUGAAGUAUAUAGACAAAAUACAGAUUGGCAGAUUUGAAAUUGACACCUGGUAUUUUAGUCCCUUUCCAGAAGAAUAUGGAAGACAGAGUAAAUUAUGGAUCUGUGAAUAUUGCCUAAAGUAUAUGAGAUUAGAAAAAAGUUAUAGAUAUCACAUGAGUGAAUGUACUCAACGCCAGCCUGUUGGAAAAGAAAUUUAUAGAAAGGGAACCCUAUCUGUGUAUGAAGUCGAUGGAAAGGAUCAUAAAGUGUACUGUCAGAAUUUAUGUCUACUAGCGAAGCUGUUUUUGGACCACAAAACCUUAUAUUUUGAUGUUGAACCGUUUUUAUUUUAUAUUUUGUGUGAAGUCGACAAACAGGGCGCACAUAUUGUAGGAUAUUUUUCAAAGGAAAAGGAAUCUCCAGAUGGCAACAACGUAGCCUGUAUCCUCACCUUACCUCCCUACCAAAGACAAGGUUAUGGCAAAUUACUCAUAGCUUUCAGUUAUGAAUUAUCUCGACUGGAAGGUACAGUUGGUAGCCCCGAACAACCUCUAAGUGAUCUAGGCAAGUUAAGUUAUAGGAGUUAUUGGAGUUGGGUACUGCUGGAAGUGUUGCGAGGUUUUCGGGGGACAAUUUCAAUAAAAGAUUUAAGUCAAAUGACGAGCAUCAGCCAAACAGAUAUAAUCUCCACUCUACAAAGCAUGAACAUGAUCAAAUAUUGGAAAGGUCACCAUGUGAUCUGCGUAACGCCAAAACUAGUAGAAGAACAUAUAAAAUCCAGUCAAUAUAAGAGGCCCAGGUUGUGUGUGGACAGCACUGCCUUAAGGUGGACGCCGAGGAGACAUGUCAAUAGUAAACUAGGGAAAAAGUAGACUUACACGAUUUUUUUUAUUGUUUCAGUAUUGUUUUGUAAAAUAAAGAUCUAAAAGAAAA